AUGGCUACAGAAAAUACUGAUUUCAAACAGUUCGAAGAUGAACAAAACAGUGACGGCUACAAAGUCGGCGAGAAGAAGACCGUCGAUGAGUAUAAAAAGUUAGACGCAGAAGACGCAGCUUUAGCUAAAUGGAAGGAAUCCCUUGGUUUAGGAUCUGAUGUGUUGCCAUUAGAGUUUCCAGGAGAUAAGCGUAAAGUCGUUAUUCAAAAGAUUCAAUUACUUGUUAAUACCGAAUCAAAACCAAUAUCAUUUGAUUUGACUAAUGAACAAACAAUUAAAGAAUUAGCAUCUAAACGUUACAAAAUCAAAGAAAACUCAAUAUACAAAUUAAGAAUUACAUUCAAAGUGCAGCACGAGAUCAUCACUGGUCUUAGAUACGUUCAAUACAUUAAGAAAGCCGGUAUUGCCGUAGACAAAAUCGAUGAUCAUUUGGGAUCUUAUGCUCCAAGUACCAAAACUAAACCAUACUACGAGGUUGAGCUACCUGAGAGUGAAGCUCCAAGUGGGUUAUUGGCCAGAGGUAAAUAUAGUGCUGUCUCCAAGUUUAUUGAUGAUGACAAAACUACACAUUUAACUCUGAAUUGGGGUGUGGAGAUUGUUAAGAAAUAG